AUGACAAAAGUGAGCGCCUUUUUCGACAAAGUCAUAGCAGCUACAGCACCUUCCAAACCACCCAUCAACCUGGAUCCUGAAAAUGAAGACGCCAACAAUACAGCAACGGCUACAUCAAAUGGCUAUCCACAAUGGGCUAACAAGAUCGGCCUUUUCAUAUACAUGCUAUGGGAUAAAUGCCUUUGGUCGCCCUUUAGUCGGACAUGGGCAUUAUUGAAUCGCUGGACGAACCUCACAUUUUGGAUUUUCGCUUCCAUCCCAAUUGGCGUGUUGGUGGGAUAUUAUCAACCAGAGUUUGCAACUGAAAUCCAGCCACUGGGUACCGCCUUUAUUCGAAUGAUCAAGAUUUGUGUGGUCCCUCUCAUCUUUUCCACGCUGGUCGUGGGUAUUGCAGGUCAUGGCGACGACAUUUCAAAGAUUGGCAAAUUGGCUAUCAAGACGAUCAUUUACUUUGAAAUUGUGACCACAUUGGCCCUUGCGCUUGGUUUAAUCAUGGCCAACCUUAUCAAACCUGGUCAAGGUGUGGAAUUACCCCCGGAGAGUGACAAUGGCGAUGCCAACGACUUGGCCAAAAAGAGCGGCGACAUUAGCUGGGACGGCGAAAUGUUCCUCAUCAUCCCCGAAAACUUCUUUGCCGCUGCUGUGGAGGAUCAAAUGCUAGGCAUUGUCUUUUGUGCUGCCAUGUUUGCAUGCGCUGCUAUCAAGGCGGAUGCCAAAUCACGCGAGGUGAUGAUGACCGUUUGCGAAUCCUUGUCUCAAGUCACUUUUAAAAUGGUUGCCUUGAUCAUGAAUUACGCUCCUAUUGGUAUUGGUGCAUCCCUUGCAUCCACGGUGGGUGCGAACGGUAUUGGCGUAUUAGCGAAUCUCGGCAAGUUGAUCGGUGGCGUCUAUGCCGCUCUGGUGAUCUUCUUUUUGGCGGUGUUCAUUCCCAUUCUCCUCAUAUUUCGAAUUCCUCUCGGUGGAUUUCUCAGAGCUAUGGGUCAACCAUGGCUUAUUGCUUUCAGCACAUCAUCCAGUGAAUCCGCUUUACCCAAAGCCAUGGAACGAAUGCGUGAAUUUGGAUGUCCCAAUGCUAUUGUGUCCUUUGUUAUCCCCACUGGAUACUCGUUCAAUUUGGAUGGUGGUACCAUUUACAUGUCUUUGGGCGCUAUCUUUUGUGCACAAGCGGGUGGCAUGAGUUUACCUAUCGCAACACAACUUUCCAUCAUGGGCACCUUGAUGCUUACAUCCAAAGGCAUUGCUGCUGUACCACGUGGGUCCAUGAUUAUCAUGGCGGGCACGAUUAGUCAGUAUAAUCUUCCUAUGGCAGCACUUACAAUGUUGAUGGGCGUGGAUGCUAUUUUGGAUAUGGGCCGGACUUCGAUUAAUGUGAUGGGCAAUUGCCUUGCAUGCUGUGUCAUGUCACGCAUUGAAGGUACUUUUCGAGGACCGGUAUGGCGCGAAGAAGAAAUUGAACGUCGACGACGCGCUGCUUUGGAUGACAAUGAAAAAUCGGCAGCAGCUGCAGCCGCUAUUGGAUCCAUCUUACCAUCAACGACCCAAGAUCUCCAUCAUCAACACAAUGAAAAGGAAAUCAAUGAGGACAAGAUUGAUGUCAUUAUGCAUGAGACCAUUUCACCUGCCUCAUCCAUCAAAAACAACCAAGAAGAUCACAAAGCUCCUUAA